AUGACACGAGUCUCCGUCUACAGCGCAGCCCUUGUGGCUUUCGUCGCCGCGACGGCGAUGAUUAUCACGUCCAUCACCCUCCCGCAGUGGGUGAGCUACUCGGCCACGGCCGCCGAUGGGGUCGAGUUCUCGAGGAACAUCGGCCUGCACAAGGAGUGCGACAACGUCGGGUCAAGCCCGCCGUGCCACGUCUUCCCGACCGAGGACCUGUGUAGUAAGGACGGCGAGAGAUAUUUCUGCUCCAUGUGGCGCUCCGUCGGUUUCCUGGCCUCUUUCUCGACAAUUCUGCACCUGGCGUCCAUCGUCACUUUCCUCCUCCUCAUGUCCGGGGGCAAGUACAAGCGCGAGACGGGCUGGAAGAUUCUUAGCGGGCUCUUGAUCCUCGUCGCGGUCGUCGAGUUCAUUCUCAUGGGCAUUGUGGCAUACCUUUUUGACAAUGACGAGUUCUUCCGCGUCCCGGGCUGGGGCCUCGACACCUCCUGGAUCCUGUGCACCGUCAGCGCGUCGUUGUCGGUCCUCUGCGCUCUUGGACUGGCUAUCUCCGCAUUCGUCCUUCCACCGGAGGAGGGCUACGAAUUCCUCAAUGACCCUCUGCCGUGA